AUGGCGAACGCGACGGCAUACUACGAUCUCCCUCCCCUCCCCGAAUACACCCUCAAGCCAUUGCCACCGCUCAUACCCGGCAUACCAGACCCGUACCUGUCAUUGGCGCUGCCUAUCAUCGCGUACUGGGCAGUGUCGAUGUUCUUCCAUUGCAUCGACGAGUGGGAUCUCUUUCCGCAGUACCGGUUGCACACUCCCGCCGAACUGUUAAAGAGGAACCAUGUGAGCAGGUGGGAUGUUUUCAAGGAUGUCAUCAUACAACAGGUGAUACAGACCGUUGUGGGCAUGGGAUUGACGUUGACGGAGCCGGAGGCGGUAUUUGGGAAAGAGGAGUACGAAGUGGCGUGGUGGGCGCAGAACGUGAGAGUCGCGCAAAGGGCUCUCCCGGCCGUGCUGGCUGCCAUUGGAUUGGACGCGAAGACUUUGGCGAACAACUUGGCUCCAUCGCAUGCCAUGCUGGCGAGUGCGAUCUCUGGUGGCGUCUACCCAGGUCUUGUGCAGACUGUGACGCUGAUGGGCGAGCCGAUUUCCGCGCCUGCGUUUGCAAGUUGGGAGCUGCUGGUGGCGAAGGCGAUAUACUACGUCGCGAUACCGGCUUUCCAAUUCUUGCUGGCCAUCUGCAUUGUGGAUACCUGGCAGUACUUCCUCCAUCGGGCCAUGCACAUGAACAAGUGGUUGUACACUACCUUCCACAGCCGACACCAUCGCCUUUACGUGCCGUAUGCUUACGGUGCGCUGUACAACCACCCGUUCGAGGGCUUCCUCCUGGACACACUCGGCGCUGGCAUUGGCUAUUUGGUGUCUGGAAUGACGGUCAGGCAAAGUAUGUGGUUCUUCACCAUGUCGACGAUCAAGACUGUGGAUGAUCAUUGUGGGUACUCAUUCCCGUGGGACCCACUGCAGCACCUCACCAGCAACAACGCCGGCUACCACGAUGUGCAUCACCAAAGUUGGGGCAUCAAAACGAACUUCUCCCAACCCUUCUUCACUUUCUGGGAUGGACUUCUUGGAACCAAGUGGACGGGCGGGGAUGUGAGCGCACGAUACGAGAGAGCCAAGAUUGCGGCGCAGAAGAAGCUUGAUGCCGACAAUACUUCUGUGACUGGGUCAGCCGCCAACGAAAGCGCUCAAUCUGAUCGAGUGUACGAGAAGGAAGCGGUCAAGGCAACUUCAACAGCAAGAGCACUGCGAACAGUCGCCGAACCCACCGUCCCAGCAGGGAAAGCAACCCUCCAAGCUCUUGGAUCGAGACAGCAGGUUCUGGAAGAUCCGGUGGCAGGGGGCAUCAACAUAAUCGCCGAAGAAAGUUUAGAGGAGAUGAAAGCCCAGCAGAGGCUUCGAUCGAGUCCGAGGAAACGGACGACGAGUUCGGGAUUGAAGGGGUUGGCCGAUAGGGUGGGCGAAUCUUCGCAUUGCAAAGGCACGGGCGUGCUGGGCGUUGAGAGUGGGAGUCGGAGGAGGUAA